AUGGAUGAUGCUACAACGGGAGAAGCUAGAAUGGAAGUGGAUGAAGCGAGAGAGGCUGAAGGGGGGAUGACUAUAACGGGAAAGGUUGAAGCGGGAGAGGCAGAAACGCAAGAGGUUAAAGAGGGAGAGACGAUUGCGGAAGGGGCUGAUGCGGGAGAGAUUGCAAUGGACGAUAAAACAGGAAACAAUCUGGCAGGAGUGGCUACAGCGGGAGAAACUAAAAUGGCGGAGGCUGAAGCGAAGGAAACUGCGACUGAGAAGGUUGAGGCGGGAGAGACUAGAGUGGAUGAGCCUGAGGUGGAAAAGACGGAAGCUGCCAAACCGGAAGAGACGAAAGCGGAGGACGUUCUAGUGGAAGAGAUUAACACGGAAGAGGCUAAAGGGGGAGAGGCAGUGAAGGAGGACUCACCUUGGGACCUGCUGGAAAUUCCGGCUGACGGCGGGCCUGGAGGGAAUGAGGAGAAGAACGGUAGCGCAGCUGCUGGUGCUGGUGCUGGUGCUCCUGCGCCCAAGGGACAUUCAACAGCAUCACCAGCAUCCGGUGCGAGCAGGGCAAUGGGCGCUGACCUACUCAGAGCAGCUUGUGCCGAUCUCGUCGCCAAUAGCCCCCAACGCUCGCUGACCCUUCGCGAGCUACUCCCUGCGCUGAAGUCACUAAAUCGCGCUGACCUGGCGCCAGCUCUAGCGGAGGUGAUAGGCGCAGCGGAGGGCAGGAGUCGAGGUUCCGCGCACGAAGGGCGUCUGCGGAGCGUUCUUUCCGCAGAUUCGCGCUUCACGAUUCAGGGAAUGGGGAACUCGAGCACGAGUCGCAUGUGCCAUCAGUGCCAGCGCAACGACAAGGAGACAAUCACCAUCUGCAGCAAGGUGCACACUCACCGCUUCUGCGGCGGCUGCAUCCGCAACUGGUACCCCUACCUCACACCGGAGGAGAUCCACGCCAUCUGCCCCAAGUGCCUUGGCGUCUGCAACUGCAAGACGUGCCUGCGCACCUUCAUGCCCCCGCCCUUUAAGGCAGAAAGCUCCCCCGAGCAGCAGAGGGGCAUGGCACGGUGGGUGCUGGCGUGGGUGAUGCCGCACGUGAGGGCCAUGCAGAAAGAACAGCAGCAGGAAGUGGAGGAGGAGGCAGCCAGACAAGCCAUCGACCCCUCCUCGUUGAAGGUGAAGCGCGCGGAGCUGCUCAAGGGCGAAAGAAUAUUCUGUUCACACUGUCAGACGGGCAUAGCUGGGUUGCACCGCAGCUGCCCUAAAUGCGCCUACGACCUGUGCUUGCAAUGCUGCCGUGAAGCACGCUCAGGGGCCCUCCCUGGUGGCCCUAAGGCGUUCAAGGGGAUGGUGGAGCAGGAGAACGCGCAGGAGAAAGAGGUGGAGAACGGUGCAGAGGGAGAGAAAGCAGAGGAGUCAGAGGAGGCGGAGGGAAAGGGGAAAGGCAAGUCGAGGAAAAACCCAGGAGGAAAGAGCAGCAGCAGGCGAUCUAAGAGGGGUGCUGGGAAGCUGGGGAAUAAUGGGGAGGCGGAUGAUAAGCAGGAAGAGAAGCAGACAGGGAAGCAGCCAGAGAAGCAGUCAGACGGCAGGGCGGAUGAGAAGGGCAGGGAGGGGGUGCCGAAGCAUCUAGUGGAGCGAUGGAAGGUGGAGGAUGACUGGCGGGUGCAGUGCCCUUCCAAGGACUGCAGCAGUGCAAGAGAGGCGCGCAGGCAGAGCGAGGGGCAAGGCGGGCAGGGGCCGUGGCUGGAGCUGCGGUCACUGCAUGCUGAUGGGUGGCUUACGCAGCUUGUGGCACAGGCAGAGGAGGCUCUAGGAACGGAUGGUGAGAGGAAGUCAGAGGAGAUUGGGGGGACAGGAAAAGGGGUGGUGAAGUCGAGCGGGUGUAUUGAUGCUGCUGCUGUUGCUGCUGCCGCUGCUGCAGCACAGAAUGCACAAGUGGCACUGGGGAGCAUUCCCCUCAUUGCUGCUGAUCAGUUCCCGUGCUGCUCCCUGUGCCAAGAGCGUGCAACACAGGUGCUGCAGGAGAUGACUGGCGGAACAAGCAGCAGCGGUGGCAACCUCGCCCCUGCUCCUGCUGCAUCUCCUACUGCCGCCGGUAACUCUCCUCUCCCGAUAGGUCACAACCCUCCAGCCGUGGCACACUUCCAGCAGCACUGGCAGCGCGGGGAGCCCAUAAUAGUGCGCCACGUGAUGCCGCCGUCCGUGAAGGACGGACUCAGCUGGGCACCGCUCGUCAUGUGGCGCGCGUUCCGAGAGACCAAGGAGGGGCGCAGCGUGCAGGAGAAGCUCACAGUGGUGGCUGUGGACUGCGAAGACUGCACUGAGGUGGAGCUUGGCACUCACCUCUUCUUUGAUUGCUACAUGAACGGCGAAUCAAAGAGCGCAAAGGUCCCAGAGAUGCUCAAGGUGAAGGACUGGCCGCCCACUGCUGCAUUCCAGGACCGGCUGCCUCGGCACGGCGCUGAGUUCCUGCGCGCGCUGCCGCUUCACGAGUACACGCACCCUGAGAAGGGCUUGCUGAACCUGGCGACGGCGGUGCCGACGGGUGACCCGAAGGCGGACAUGGGCCCCAAGGCGUACAUCGCGUAUGGGGUGAGGGAGGAGCUGGUGCAGGGGGACUCGGUGACCAAACUGCACUUCGACAUGGCUGACGCGGUGAGCAGGGCGUGUGGGGUGAAUAUUCUGACCCACUGCCACUACCGCCCACCCAGCAAGCGUCUGCAAGGGCUGAUGCGGAAAAACGCAGAGGGGAACGCGGCAGAGGGGAACGCGGCAGAGGCAGGGCAUGAGAAUGGUGUGGCGACUAAGAGCGAAAGCGAGAAAAACCAGGAAGGGAGCAAUGGGAAAGGGCGAGGAGGUGGAGGGGGCAGCGAGCCGCAGCAACAAGCAGCAGGGAGCGCUAGCGGGCGUGUGCUGACAGCAGGGGGGGACGAGGGAGCAGCGCUGUGGGACAUCUUCCGGCGGGAGGACUCGGACAAGAUCCGUGCCUUCAUUGCUCGGCACCUCCACGAGUUCCGCCACCUGCACAACCAAGUCAUCCAAUCGAUGGACGAUGAGAUCCACGACCAGACAGUGUACCUCACUGCCCGCCACAAGGAGAUGCUCUAUACUGAGUAUGGAGUGGAGGCAUGGACGUUUGAGCAGCGCAGGGGCGAGGCAGUGUUCAUCCCUGCUGGCUGCGCACACCAAGUCAGAAACCUCAUGUCGAACAUGAAGGUAGCAGUGGACUUUGUUUCCCCCGAAGGCACCUCGCACUGCCUGGCGCUCACUGCGCACGUCCGCACCAUGCCUGUGCACCACCGCUCCAAGGAGGACAGGCUUGAGGUGAAGCGCAUGAUACUGCAUGCUGUGGAGCGGUCCCUUGCGAUCCUCAAGUAA